GUUGCCAGCCGGCCAUGGAGGUUGUGCGGUGCCCGGAGCACGGGUCCCUCUGUCACCUGAAGACGGGCGUCCGCGAUGGCCCCAACAAGGGGAAGAGCUUCUAUUUGUGCGGGGGGCAGCCUCCGGCGCUCUGUGGCUUCGUCCUCCCGGCGCCUAUUCCUGUUUCUCACUGCUUGAUCCACGAGGGAUGCGUGGUGGAGCUGCAGUUCCUGGUUGAGCUGCAGGACAGAGAUGAAUACCAGUUGUUUUAUCGAUGCUUUGAAAGUAAGUUGAAUGGGAAGAAGUGGUGUGGGAGCAUCCCAUGGCAGGAUCCAAAAGCUGCCAAAGUGUCAAAAGUCUUACAAUCCAAUACCAACACAGCACCUCUCUUCAAUCCCAGUGGCCAAAGAAAUCCAUUUAAAGUUAUAGACAAGAACUGUGAACCAUCAUCCGGGAAACAAAUUAAGCAAGGAAACGAAGGUGACAGUAAAACAAAAGGAAAAAAAGAGGAGAAAGGAAGCAUGCUGGUAUCACAUAAAGAAAAGGAAUCACCCUCUGAUUCCUCCAUAGAAAAAGAACCUCUAGAAGGGCUGAAGACAAAAAAGAAGCAGUCCACAGUAAAUAUGUGUGAUCCAGAACAUAAGAAGAGUACAGUGCCUGAGUCUAAGCUUGUUUUUUCUGAGACCUGGAAAUGGAAAAACACCCAUUGUGAGGAAGAGAAGAAUGGUGGCAGUCGCAUGGAAUCUAAGUCAUCUGAGUGUGUGGGGAAAUACACAGACUGGAGUUCAAAAAGUCAUGGCAAGCAUAGUGCAAGUAUCAAGCCUCCAGAGGAGGAGCAGCUCAGAGAGAAAAGCUUAAAAAACUGUGGGGAUAAAGAAGUCAGAGAGAGAGAAUACAUUGGUUGGAAGAAUGGAGAAACAAAAAACACGUCUAAAGAAGAUGCAUUUUCCCCAGUAGUACCACAGCUGGCAUUGCAACAUGGGAUGGGGGAAGCAGAGGCAGUGCUGUCCAAGACACAGAUCAUUCCAGGGUUGGAACACUCUGCUGAUGAAGUUUCUGACUCUGACAGUGAUGAAGUAGAAUUGGUUUAUUCCUCGUCAUAUCAAAGUAAACUUGAAAAAUCAGUUGAGGGUUUGCAGUCCAGAGAGAUUCCAUCAGGAAAGAAUAUGCAGGGGACAUCUUUGCCAGAUGUCGUAGCGUCGCAGGACCCUAAAGCUCUUCACAACCAUCUUGUAUCCCAGCUGAAGCAGAAGAAGAGCACAUUGGCUUCAGUGAACACCCAGAUGCUGCCAGACAAAGGGGAACGGUUAUUAAAGCAAGUGCAGGAUUUGGAAUCUGCCCUCGCUGCCUUGAAGUUUUCAACAUCAGAUACCACUGAAAAAGGGGAGGAUACCACAAGCAGCGGUUGCCGUGAGGAGUCUUUGCCUUACCCAUUAUCCAGGCCAGGUGGUACAAGGUUGAUAAUGCCCCUUCCAUUCAAGGAUCCCACAGCAGGGACCUCUUCAGUCUCACACAGUCACCCCUCUGCUGCUGUUGCUUUGGGCUCCAGUGAAUAUUAUGGCCGCAGUUGUGGAAUGAAUUCUGGUGUGCAGAAUCUCUAUGGAGGAAGAAUGACAGAAGACCGAAACAAAGCUGUACACAGUGCCAUUAGGGAGGCUAUUAAUUAUCUUCACAAGUCUCUAGAAUCCUGUCCGACAGAGCAGACAGCAGCUGAAGAUCCCUCUGGGUUGAAGGUUCCACUGCUGCUUCAUCAAAAACAAGCACUCGCAUGGCUACUCUGGAGAGAGAGUCAGAGGCCAUGUGGAGGAAUUCUGGCGGAUGACAUGGGCUUGGGGAAGACUCUUACAAUGAUUGCUCUCAUUUUGGCCCAGAAGCAGCUGAAGACAGAGAAAACAAAGGAGAAAUUAGAAAUACAGCUAUCAAAAAAUGAUUCCACUAUUAUCCCUUCAUGCAGCACUUUAAUCAUUUGUCCUGCAUCCUUGAUCCAUCACUGGAAGAAAGAGAUUGACAGGCACGUGGGCUAUGGCAAACUGAGGGUGUAUUUGUACCAUGGGCCAAACCGAGACAAACAUGCAGAGGCGCUCUCUCAAUAUGAUGUUGUUGUCACAACCUACAGCCUUCUCUCCAAAGAAGUUCCCACAAGAAAAGAGGAGGGAGAAGUCCCUGCUGAGGACUAUGACGUGGGGAGUGGGUCAUCUCCUUGUUCUGCUUUGCUCAGAGUGGCCUGGGCUCGAGUUAUAUUGGAUGAAGCUCACAAUAUUAAAAACCCAAGGGUUCAAACCUCUAUAGCUGUGUGCAAACUGAGAGCCAGUGCCAGGUGGGCAGUCACUGGGACACCAAUACAGAACAACUUAUUGGACAUGUACUCUCUCCUGAGGUUUCUACGUUGCUCUCCUUUUGAUGAAUACAAAGUGUGGAAGUACCAAGUAGCUGACAACACAAAAAAGUGGGGAGAGAGGCUAAGCCUCAUAACCAGGAGCCUCUUAUUACGGAGAACUAAGGACCAGACAGAUUCAGCUGGCAAGCCCUUGGUAUCUCUGCCCCAGCGUAGCACACAGUUGCAUCAGUUAAAACUUUCAGCAGAGGAACAGUCAGUGUACAAUGUGCUCUUUGCAAGAUCCAGGUCAACACUACAAUCCUACCUAAAGAGACAAGAAGAGAAAAAUGAAGGCAGGGAGUAUGCUGGUGGUAACCCAUUUGAAAGAGUUGCACAAGAGUUUGGAGUCAGUCAAAAUGAAUUUAUAGCAGGCUCCCAAAGUGCCUCCCAGAUCUCAAGUACUGUCCAUGUCUUGUCCAUGCUGUUGAGACUUCGUCAGUGCUGCUGCCAUCUCUCUUUACUGAAAGUGGCUCUGGACCAAAUGAACUUGAACAAUGAAGGCCUUUCCCUCUCCAUUGAGGAAGAGUUUAGUGCUUUGACCCUAUCCGAGCUCCAGAAUCAUGAUCACAAGUCAACAGUCUACCUCAAUGGCACAGCUUUUAAAACUGAUAUCUUUCAAAUCACCAGGGAGAGCACCAAGAUAGCUCAUCUCUUGGCUGAACUGAAAACCCUUCAGAAUCACUCUGAGUCUCAAAAAAGUGUUGUUGUGUCUCAGUGGACAAGUAUGUUAAAAGUUGUGGCUGUGCACCUCCAGCGCCUAGGGUUGAAGUAUGCAACAGUGGAUGGCUCUGUCAAUCCUAAACAGAGGAUGGAUGUGGUAGAAGAGUUCAACAACAAUCCCAAGGGGCCUCAGGUAAUGUUGGUCUCGUUGCUGGCUGGAGGUGUUGGCCUGAACUUGACUGGAGGAAACCACCUAUUUCUCCUUGACAUGCACUGGAAUCCUGCCCUUGAGGACCAGGCAUGUGACCGCAUUUACCGAGUGGGGCAGCAGAAGGAUGUUGUGAUACACAGGUUUGUCUGUGAAGGAACGGUAGAAGAAAAGAUUGUGGAACUCCAAAGGAGGAAGAAGGUUCUUGCCCAGCAGGUGCUGUCAGGAAAAGGCGAGGCCUUCACUAAGCUCUCUUUGGCUGAUCUCAAAGUUCUCUUUGGCAUAUAAUUAUCUUUUAUGAUACACAAUGUAUCAUAAGUGAUUUUAUACCUCCAAAUAAAUGG